AAUACCCCGCCAAUAAUUCACGGCGCGUCGUAAAAAGUGGACAUUAACGCGCCCCGGGCCUACAAAUCACCGGCGCCAAAUUAUGAGUUCGCCUGACUUCGCCAACGCGCUGUUUUCUAAAUACCAACAAGCCGCCGUGAACUGCUCCGCUAUGCUCUUCACUGACUCUCCAACUUCUCCCUUCCCGUCUUGCUCUACUGCUCCUGCCUUGUCUAAUUCGUGCGCCCUCGUGUCCAGCGGAUAUCACCUCCAUGGCUCCAAUGGGAGAGGCAGCGGAGGGCUCUCUCUUCCUCCCUCCUUGUCUUCUUCAUCUCCUUCCUUCUUAGCCUCCUCCUCUUCCUCCUCUUCCUCGCAGUUCUGUUAUUCUCUUUCGGGACUGAACAGGGGCAGCGGGAGUACCCAGCCCGGAGAGUACACAACCCGGAGGGGAGAAUUUCAGCCCUCUGAAGUGCGCAAAGAAGAAGGGGCUGUGCCACUGUGCGCCACGGAGCGAAUCUCCGGUCGCUCUCAGCUCUACGCGCUGCCCACCGGGCUUCCAGAGCCGACCUGCAGGAGGCAGAGUAACCCUGUAGAGCAGCAGACGAGGCAGUCCAAUGAGGAGGGGCCACAGAUUUACCCCUGGAUGAGGAGCUCAGGUGCAGACAGGAGGCGCGGCCGGCAGACGUACACGCGCCAUCAGACGCUCGAGCUCGAGAAGGAGUUCCACUUCAACAGGUACCUCACGCGACGGAGGAGGAUCGAGAUCGCGCACGCGCUCUGCCUCACGGAGCGGCAGAUCAAGAUCUGGUUCCAGAACCGGAGGAUGAAGUGGAAGAAGGAGAACCGGGAGACCGGAAGCGGCUCACCGACGCCAGGGUUACCGGCUGCUGAGGAAGAAGAAGAGGAGGAGUGAAGGGACUCAUUCAGACUAAAUCUGUUAAAGUAUGGAAUAUGUUCUUUAAUUUGAUUUCCUUUUAAUUAAUGAAAUAUUGAUUUAAGCAGAAACAGAAACAAAGUUUUUAAACUACAAACUUCCACCACGACAAACAUUUAAAAUGUCCUCGCGCGUGGAUAUGACAACAUGGCGAAAUAUAAUUAAUUCAUUUUUUAAGAUGUUUCUAAUUCUUACAAUUUGAACUCAAUUCAUUCUAAUGUAUAAAUAUAAAUAUUCUCAAUUUCUCCAUGAAGGAUUUAUUUAUGAUGCGAGACAGAACUCUGAAACAUCAACACUGAAGUUUGAUUUUGAAAAGUAUAAUCCUAAAAUAUUUAUGAGAUGCUCCUAGAGUAAAAAUAAAUAAAUAUGAAUAUCUUCUCUUAGUUCAUUCUCCCACAGAUAAACCUCCCACGUGAGGAAUUAUUUUUGCCCUACACAAACCGAACAUCCCCAAACUCUGCGCAUCUCAGGAGAGCAAAUUAUAAUGUUGAAUGUUUUAUUAAUUAAACUUUGAAUAUGUGAAUAAAACCCGUCACUGCAUGACUUUAUAGAUAUAUCUCCCUAAAUUCUUCCGUCUCUGAUGAAGCACGCGGAGGGUUUGAUCCUCGUGCUGUGUUGUUUCAUCAUCAACACUGAGCUCAUCUAACAUGUAUAGAUCAACAUGAGCCCACUUAAUGAAACUGGAAGCAAAACGUCCAAUCAGACAACAAUAUGAAAUCAUCUUUCUUUGCUGUUAACCUUGAAUGUUUAUGUUAUAACUUCCUGUUUAUGCGCCAACACUCACGCGCAUGGUGUCAGUUGUGUGUUCAGACUAAAAUGCACUUUUUUCUUCUUUUUACUUAAAUAAUAAUAAAACAAAUAAUCCAACCUGUCCUCGUGUAUCUGAGUCUCCCUCCCAUCUGGAAAUGUUUCAGGUCAGCUGCUCCA